ACAUCGGCUACCAACGUUGGUGAAACCCUCGACUGUCAGCUACAGAGCAGCUUUUCAACGCCUACAAGGAAGCAGGAUGAAGUUGGCUGUGGUAUUCCUGGUGGUGUCCAUGGUUGUGCUUAUGGCUGAACCUGGAGAAGGAUUUUUUGGACAUAUUUUGAAACAUGUUGUGGGACGAUGCGCCAGGGGUGUCCUUGGAAAGAAGCAGGCAAUGGAACAAGCCGACCAGCUGGUGGACCAGCAGGUGGACCAGCAGGAACUGGACCAGCAGGACAAAGACCAGCUGCAAAUGCAAAAACGUUCAUUUCAGAAACACAAGCUUCAUUAGGCAACGACCCAAAAAUAAUUUCGGUCAAGGUGCCCGACCUGUUGACAAAAUAAACAUGCAUUUUGCUUUUCCUGAAGGAUUUUUGCUUUAUUGAUUUUGAUACAAUUAAUAAAUAAAUAAAAAUGGCUUGGCAGCACAAUAAACUGA